AUGUCUCUCAACCGUCUCUCCUAUUUAGAGUCGUGGGUGCAAAAUCCCGCUUCGUUCCGUCGUCGACCUCGCGAACAGUCUCCUGCAGAUGAGUCUGAUGACGAUGAGCUAGCAUAUCACGAUCUUCCCGAACCCUCCCUAUCGUCUUCUUUUCCUUCGACGUACAGUCAUAAUUCCUUCCGGCAUCGUUUGAAUUUCAACCCGUACUCUGGACCCGGCUGGAACGAGCCCUCCGUAGAUGAGGCCAAUGCCGACAGGAUUUCCACGCGGAGAGAGCCGCUGAAUGUGCCUGCACAAGAUCAAGAGAAUCAACCAGAGAGAGCCGAGCCGGUCCCAGAAGUUAAACCCCGGGAUUGGAAUGGCUUGGAAACCAUUGGAGCAUUUGAGGUUGGGCGCACUCGGCGAAUCUUGCAGGUCUGUAUUGCUAUACUCUAUUGCUUCUUCUCUGCCGGGAUUGUCUUUGGAUUCGCCGCGAUCAAACCGGUCUUUCUCAAAGAAGGCGUCUAUCGUGAGCAGUGCUCUACCGAAGAGCUGGAAGGCGGCCAGGCGGUAUGCUAUGGACAGGAAAUCCGUCUGAAUCUCAUGUUCACCAUUGCGGCUGUCGCAACUAACGUUUCGGCCCUGCCUGUGGGCACCAUAUUGGAUACCUAUGGUCCGCGUGUAUGUGGCGUAUUGGGAUGUGUUUUUCUCAUUCUGGGAUCUCUGCUUCUUAGUCUAGCUCCUGCUGUGCCUUUCGAUGCCUAUAUUCCUGGCUACCUUGCUCUGUCUGUGGGCGGCCCAUUUGUGUUCAUUUCUUCGUUUCAGCUGUCCAACACAUUUCCUACACACUCGGGACUUAUACUAUCCUCGCUCACGGGUGCAUUUGACGCCUCCAGCGCUCUAUUCUUAAUUUUCCGCCUGGCAAGUGAGGCUAGCGAUGGGCGUUUCACAUCGCAGAAGUUCUUUCUGGGAUACUUGGUUGUUCCAUUGUUCAUACUAGUUGUGCAAUUAACUAUCAUGCCGGCGACCUCGUACAAGACCGCCGGAGAACUUGUUCAGCAGGCCGAGGUGCACAUCUCCGCGGAACUGAACGACCGGCUCGACGCCGCGAUCCAAGACCGCAACGAGAGUGAACGCCAGCGCAUCGACCGUCGCGUUCGUCGCCGAAGCAUCGUCAGUAAGAUCCAAGACCUCCUGACUGAUGGCGACGAUGACGCCACCUCUGUCAUCGCCGACCCGAUCCUCGGCACCAACCCCGUCGACGCCAACGGCUCCGCGCAGACUCGUCUGCGCCAGCAGCACCAGCAGUCGCAGCAAACCAACACGCACACCGCCGGUGGCGUCUGGGGCGCUUUGCACGGCCGCUCCGCCCUGCAACAGAUCCGGUCCCCUUGGUUCGUGCUCAUCACGCUAUUCACGGUCCUCCAAAUGCUCCGAAUCAACUACUUUGUUGCCUCGCUGCGCCAGCAAUAUGAAUAUCUCUUCGGCUCGCGCGACGCCGCCCGCCGCCUCAACGAAUCCUUCGACUUCCUGCUCCCCAUCGGUGGCCUCCUCUCCAUCCCCUUCAUCGGCACCAUCAUCGACACCGCCAGCACCCCGUUCGUUCUCCUUGUCCUCGCCACCACAGCCACCGUGAUCGGUAUCCUCGGCUGCAUCCCAGACAGCCUGCAGGCCGGAUACGCGAACAUCGUUCUCUUCGUCAUCUACCGUCCUUUCUACUACACUUUAGUGUCCGACUACGCAGCCAAAGUCUUCGGUUUCCAGACAUUCGGCAAGGUCUACGGGCUGAUAAUCUGUCUCGCUGGACUGGGUAAUUUCGCCCAGGCCGGGCUCGACGUGCUCACGUUCAAGACUUUCCGACGGAACCCAAUCCCCAUAAACAUCGUUCUUACCGCGUUAACCUUCCUCGUCGGUUUUGCGUUGGUUGUGUUCGUUUGGCAGAAGGCCCGAAACAUGGCCACUGGUCCGGGGGGUACCAGUGCGAACGGAAAUCUAGAACAAGGUGUCUUGGCAGAUGGUUUCUCAGCACGAGACUGGGAACACGAACCAUUAUUGCAGCGACGGGUCUCACCUGCCAAUCAUCAUGGAGAAAUGCCUUCUUACGAAACGACGACGACGUCAACGAAUGCAUUAUAG